CGGACUGUCGGUGGAUUGACCGUACACAACGUCAAAGGAAGAAUCCCAUUGCCUGAAAUCGCUUCUAAAUUUGCUGUUUCGUCCGUCUCAGAUCACUUCUUUUUCCCAAUUUGUGCCGCAAGGGACUACUGAGUGUCCUGUCCGUAUUUCACUUGCAAACUGGAUUCGAGCGCGGAAACCAUGUCAGAGAAAUCAAAAGGUGACACGUCGCGUAUCGUGAACAAUCCACUUUUAAGUGCCUCCGUCACUGGUCUUACAUUCGACGAUUUCCCUUCGGCGCCUCUUCUUUUACCGGCCGCUCCGCCUAUCGAACGAUCACCUCCGCCUGUGCUGGAUUUGAAUUCCGAUACAAAAGAGCCCGCGCCCGGACAAAGUUUAGACAGCGAUUCUGACGUAUUCAGUGAGAUUAAUUUGAACGCUACUGCGGACGAAGACUACAGUAGUCAACCAGGUCCAACAAGUUUUGUUUCGCCUCUAGAGGAAAAUCCAGCUGUUUCCGAUUCGUCGCUUCUGUCGCAGGCAGCUUCGUCGUUUUCUCAAUUGCCAUCUGUCGCAUCGACUGUAUUUUCGACUUUCUCGAAAGUUAUCAAAGAUUACUCGCCAACGAAUCAAGACCACGACGACUUUGGCGAUAUUAAAACAGAACAGCCAACACUUGCAACAUUUGAUAAUAUUUAUGCUCCAGAACCAUAUGACACUAAUAGCAAUUUAACUUCAAAAUUACCUGAACAACCGCCACCAGAACCACCAAAGUUCUAUUCACCAACAGAAUUUUCACCACAACAGCCAGCAGCAAAUACACAAAGUACAGGACAAAAUACAUACCGAUUGAGUGCCAAAAAGAAAACAUACGCGCCAAUUCCUGGCCUUUCGGCAAACAUACAUCAACCUGCGGCCACAAGCUUAGCUGCUUCGGGACCAUCAAUUCCACCGCUGCCGCCAGCUCCACAAUCGAAUAACACAUUUCCCCCUCAGCCACAAACGAGCGAAGUCGAUUAUUCAUCUAUUCCUGAACAAAGCAAUUUUACGCAAAGUGGACCAGUUUUUAACUUACAAGCCUCUUCUUCGAAUUUACAACAACAAUUUAGUCAACCUGCACCCAUUGAAAAUAAAAAGGAAGAGCGUCGUGGGCUGUUUUCGUUAACUAAUGUUGUUGCCCCUGUUUGGCAGAAUUUAUCCGGGCUUGUAGGUCGUAGUAAUAAUCAAGAAAAUCAGACAGCCAGUAAUUCGAGUUUCCAUACAACUUAUGGAUCUAGUUCGCAUUCAGAGCAAAUAAGUACAGCUCAAUAUUUUUCUCCUGAGGGUUCUUUUGUUGGUGUUGUACAAACACCACCGAUAGUUCCACAAUCAGCCAACAAUCAGCUGUCAUCUACAUCGCAAUAUUUUGGAGGCAUUCAAAGUGCGCCCUUGCAACCUCCUAGCUCAAUUCCCGCUCUUGGUAUACCUCUAGUUAGCCCAUUCCUAAAUCCAAGCCAAACGCCACCAAUAGCUCAACAACCAGUAACAUCGAAUCCACCAAAUCCUACGCCGACUCCUCAAACGUUUCUAAAUCCAAGUCAGACACCUCCAAUAGCUCCGCAACCAAUAACAUCGAAUCCACCAAAACCUACGCCGACUCCUCCAACAAACUUUGUUCCUGGAGCGCAAGUGUUGUCUGCUUCGCCACAGGGCACUCCGCCUCUGUCUAAGUCAGCUACACCGCCAGUAAUCCCUCUAGCUAAUCUCAGUUUGAGUAGCCAACCGACUGUUCCUGGCCAAGCAAACCCACCUUUGCCGCAAGCUCCUCCUGCAGGAUCGGGGAAUACAUUCAGGCUUCAAAAAGGAACACGGCACUAUCGCACUCCACUAGGGAUACCAACUAAUCCAGCUGCUCCAUCAAACUUCCUACAACCAAACGUUACCAACUAUACACAGCCAAUUGUAAAUCAACCAUCGGUCCCAUUCAGUACAACUUUACCUGGAGUAACAACUCAUCAACAGGGACCACCAUCUAGUGCAUCCUUUUUUAAUCCUAUUGUAAGUGCAUCCACUGUUGAACAGACAACAUUUGCAGCAGUUGCACCUCCGCCAAGCAUAAUCAAUCAAACCGGAUACACUCAGCAGCCGAUCGUUAAAGAGCAACUUCCGCCAAUUCCACUUGUUCCAACACCUGGAAACUUUACUCAAACCGAAGGACCUAAAGCACAAUCUAUUCCACUUUCAAAUAUCCAACCAAUUGACAACAGCCAUCAAGCAGCGCCGCUGCAAAGCUUUUUCCCUCCUCAACCAAACCCACCACUGAAUAUCACAUCAAGCUUCAAUCAGUUCGCACCACCAACUGCUAGUCCUGCAGUCGAAAAAAGUGUUCUAAACCCAAUUCAGAAGGAGAUUGAGGAAAGUAAACCAGAAUCGGAUUUAAAAAUCGUUGAAAACACGAACUUUGGUCAUCAACUCAAUACUAGCACAGAUAAAGCGGAUAUUUCAAAGGGUGCUGAAAAACAUUUAGAAGAAACUGUUUUAACGCCGUGUCAACCGCACGACGAGGUUGGAAAGCCUUCUGAUUACACAAUCCAACAACAAAAAGUAGAAGAAAAAGAUUUUGGAUCAAUUCCUGCUCCUUCUGUACCUCCAUUCACAUCUAAAGAAGAAUCUGUUCAAGAACCAAUUGAAUCAGGUGAAACCUCAAAUUUUGGACAUCAAAUUAAUUCAUCGCACUUUGUAUCCAACGUUUUCGAAUCGACACUUCCGGCUAAAACUCAAAAUUUAGAUUUCGGACAGGUCAGCGAAUCAAGCCUACCACCAAAGGUUGACGUUAAACCAAUUCCAGACAAACCUCAAUUUGCAGAAACUGUCAAUCCUACUCCUCAGCCAUUUACCCUAACUAAUUAUUUCGCAGCUCAACCAGAUUCGAAUCUAGCUCCUUUCAGCGAGCAUGCAAUAGAUGCUAACGCAAACAAAUCGAUCAAUCAACUAACAUCAGCACCGAAAACAGAAAGUUCGUUGCAGGGUGGGUACCAGCCAGCAGCAGUAAACUUCUUCUCCCAAACCUUCCAAGUCGGGGACAGUCAGAAUAAUAACGCUUCUCAAUUCGCAUCGAAUCUGCCCGACCCUCUUUCAUUCUUUGAUUCAUUCCAACAGUCGGCUCCGAGUUCCACGCCAGUCCCCCAGUCAAACCAAGUCGACGACGAAUUAAACUCAAAUCUGACCGUUGACGCAAAGACCGAAAUCGAUACAAGUUUCCAAAUCCAAAAUUUUUUCAACAAUCCCCCACAGAACCUUAACCAGUCGGCUAGUGACUUAAAUUAUAAACUGGUCGGAAGUAACUUGAUUAAAAACAAGUACGUUGACAACUUGUCAUCAACAAGUCGGCCAAUAUCGCCGCAAUCUAAUGUUGUUGAGCCACCAUCGUCAGCCUGCUCGGAAUUUUCAGCUGAUACAACGUCGAAUCAGAACACUCUAAAUUUGAGUAAAUUGACAAAUGUUGACUUUGCAGACGGUUUUAAAUUAGAGUAUACCGACGAUCUAGAUCCAGAAAUAAUGGCACUAAUGGCCAACAACAAAGCAAAUUCAACGGCAAAUGCUGUAUAUCAACCAGCUGUGAAGCAUUGGUUCUACAAAAAGAAAGUGGAUGAUAAAUUCAUCUGGACACCCUUCACCCAUCAUGAUUCUGCACUCAUCGAAGCACACUUCAGUGAUCCAAAUGUCCCGAAAAUUGUAGCUGUAGAAGGUGGAAGAUAUGAUGUUAACAUUGACGAAAGACUUCGUGUACCAAUAUUCUGGUCCGGCGAAGCAACAGAAGUGCGUCGUUGCUCCUGGUUCUACAAGGCAGUCGAUUCUCGAUAUGUCCCAUACGAGGAGCCUAUUGCCGACCAGUUGGAAACCGAAUACGAAGAAGCUUGCAGCACAGGUGAAUGGCAUCGCAAAAUUCCACUACCCACAGGGGAAACGGUUGUAAUCCACGGAGCAACAGUAUUGGUACAAUUCCUUCAAACACAAUCUACCGACUCCUGGGGUGCGACGACUCAAACAACAAGUCGGCCACGCAUUGUAAAACGCGAUUUAGAAGACUUCAACAUCGAAACGGGUGAAUCGAACAAAGUCGAUCACCUGCUUUUCAUGGUCCAUGGAAUUGGAUCAGUUUGUGACUUAAAAUUCAGAACAGUGGAAGAAGUCGUUGACGAGUUUCGAAAUAUCGCAACACAAUUGAUUCAGUCGCACUAUAAAAAUUCUUGUGAAAGUGGGCGUGUCGGCCGGGUCGAAGUACUCCCCGUAUCAUGGCACAGCGAACUACACUCCGAGGAAUCUGGAAUCGAUGAAAAGCUGAAAGCAAUUACUCUAGAGUCUAUUCCGAAAUUACGCAAUUUCGCAAAUGACACGCUUCUUGACAUACUAUUUUACACAAGUCCAAUAUUCUGUCAGAGUAUAAUGGACACCGUUGCUGGGACCAUGAACAAAGUUUACUUAAAGUAUUGUCAACGAAAUCCAACAUUCAAUGGAGGAGUUUCGCUGGCUGGUCAUAGUUUAGGAUCGCUUAUCCUUUUCGAUUUGCUAUGUCAUCAAAAACCGCUUGAAAACUCAUUUAUACAAAAUUCCGAAAAUCCAGAUCAGCCUAUUGAACCUCUGCAGAUUCGGGCGCCGGCUGAUGAAACGGAUAUGACCUCGAAACAGAUUAGCUACACCAUUGGCCCGGCAGGUACCGGUCAAGCGUACAUCAGUUAUCCACAACUAGUCUUCCAACCCAAGAAAUUCUUCGCUCUUGGUUCACCUAUCGGUAUGUUCGUAACCAUCCGUGGGAUCGAUCGCCUGGGCUUAGAGUUCAAAUUACCGACAUGCCCAGGUUUCUAUAAUAUCUUCCACCCUUACGAUCCCGUCGCUUAUCGCAUUGAAGCCCUUGUGAAUACUGAUCUAAGCACAGUCCGGCCAGUGCUUGUACCCCAUCAUAAAGGCCGUAAACGUAUGCACUUGGAGUUAAGGGAGACAAUGACCCGCGUGGGAGCUGAUAUUAAGCAAAAAAUUGUGGAUACUUUUAAAAAUACUAUGGACACCGUUUAUCAACUAACGGCAAAACAGAAAACUUCGCCAGACCCUGAGGAAAUUGAAAAAGAAGUUGAUAAGGUAUGGCUUCUACUUUCAACUGGUAUUCUCUUUGCUCAUCUCAUCCUAAUAUCUCUCCAGGUCCUUGAAAUGCAGUUGAAAAUUGACAAAGAGCCGCGAUCUCGGACCAACUCAAGUCAGUCGGAUGUGGACACCGGUGAAGUAGACCUACCCCUAGGCAAAUUGAAUGAAGGGAAACGAAUCGAUCAUGUGCUACAGGAAGCUCCGUUAGAGUUCUUCAACGAAUACUUGUUCGCUUUAACAAGUCACGUAUGUUAUUGGGAAUCGGCGGACACAAUACUUUUCAUCAUGAAGGAAAUAUAUUCAUCGUUGGAUGUUAAAACCGAUAGCCAAGUACCGCAACAGAGUAUGACAAUCGAACGGCCACAAUCUAGCUCCUCCCGUUCGUCACGGGAUUAUAGUGCGAACGUGGAACAUAACUAACUCGGACAAGAAAGUACUAACCACGGGGAGAUACUGGAAUGACAUAAUCAAACUUUGUAUUACACACACUUGCGACGAUAUGAUAUCAGUAAUUUUUGCUAGUACUUUUAAUAUAUAAACGAUUAUUUUGCUCUGUUCUGGGUUUUUUAUUUAUUAAAAUUGUUGUAAUAAAAUCUUUUUGAAAUGUGCAA